AUGGAGAAGCAACGAUACCGAAGGAAGUGGCGAUCAGCGCUUAUUGUGAAAGUUUUGGGACGUACAUUCCCGUUCCCGGUCAUAUCUAGGCGGCUGGAGACUCUGUGGGCUAAGGAUGGAUCACUGCAGAUCUCGAGCUUAUCAUAUGGGUACUAUGUGGUGCGGUUCACUCACCAGAUGGAUUUUGAACAGGCAAGACUUGGCGGGCCAUGGCUUAUUGGGGAGCACUAUAUCACUGUCCGACCAUGGAGGAAGAACUUUGACUCCAAAAUGGCGAAGGUUGCGUCCACAUUAGUUUGGGUGAGGUUACCAGAGCUACCUGUGGAGUUUGUGAACCAGGAGGCGGUAGAACGGAUCGCCUCUAGAAUUGGAAGACCUGUGAAGGUCGACAGAGCUACUAUGGUUGGGGACAGGGUCAAGUUUGGACGCGUUUGCGUUGAAAUCGACCUAAACAAGCCGCUGCUAUCCAUGUAUAAGAUCGAGGGUAAAACGUACUAUGUCACGUUCGAAGGGUUGCAUAACAUCUGUACGGAGUGCGGGAAGUAUGGUCACUCUGACAAAUCAUGUCCUCUCCUCCGGAAAGAGCAGCCUGUGCAAACACAAUCGGAGCCAGGGUCGGAUGCGACGGGCAAGAAGGAGGCUGUGUAUGGGGAAUGGAUGAUGGUCAAGCCUCGGAAUGAGAAGAGGAAGGCUCCACAAGGAAGGGAGGCGGCGAAUACGGAAAAGACUAACGCCAGUACUGGGAAGGGGGAAGGGGGCUCUAGGUUCUCAGUCCUCGACCAACAAGAGACCCCGCUUGCUAUGGACUCGGAUCGGGUAAGUAACACGGAGGCCCAGGAACCCCACCACCACACAAGCGGAGAUGCACCUGAACGCCGAUCAGUGGACAACCACGACAAAGACAAAGGCAGGGAUGGCGUUACACCUCCCGAUACUCAAACAGUGGCUCGGUCCACGAUAUCCCCUACUACUACAGUAGCGGAGCAAACUCUCCACCACCCUGUGCCGAGCAAGACAAGCGCACAAAAAGUGAUGCCAGUUACGACCCAAGGAACUCCCAACGGCAGUGGGAUGAUGAGUGGGGAUAAGACGGUUUCGCGGCAAGAAUUAGUUGAUGUUCCGGUGGUUCAGGCUGACGGGACACGUGCGGCUCGACCUCCUAUCGUGCCUGAUAAACCCAAGCAGCCAAAGGACCCAGGCAAGCGAGGGAAGGGGUCGGGGAAGCAGGAGCACAAUAAAACCAAUGCGGGUAAAGGCAGCAAGUCAGAAGCGGGCAAGGGCAAGACCACGGGGAUAACCAUCCCAAUGGGUCCAGAGAACCACCAACCUUCCCCAGUGGAUGCUCGUACACGCGUGGUCCUGAUGAGGGGAGACAAGCUCCCAAACAACUUGGCGCAUUAG